UCUACAACCAACCGCUGUGUGGAUCUGUCAGUGUAACCCUCCGCCUGCGGUAGAUGUGCUGAGGCUGGAGUAAGCCACCAUUUUGCAUGUCUAGUGUGUUCCUCCCUCCAUUGCUAAUAGAGACGAUUCCAGUCCUUUCCUGGCAUCAUUACGGCUAAGAAUGCCAGCUCCGAUCAGACUGCGGGAGCUGAUCCGGACUAUCCGGACAGCACGGACCCAGGCAGAGGAGCGUGAGAUGAUCCAGAAAGAGUGUGCUGCUAUCCGAUCAUCCUUUAGAGAGGAAGACAAUACAUACCGUUGCAGAAAUGUGGCAAAGCUACUUUAUAUGCACAUGUUGGGCUACCCGGCACACUUUGGGCAGCUGGAGUGCCUGAAGCUGAUUGCGUCCCAGAAGUUCACCGACAAACGAAUAGGUUAUUUGGGAGCUAUGCUGCUGUUGGACGAGAGGCAGGAUGUCCACCUACUAAUGACAAACUGCAUUAAAAAUGACUUGAAUCACAGCACACAAUACGUCCAGGGCCUGGCCUUGUGCACUUUGGGCUGCAUGGGUUCCUCAGAAAUGUGUCGUGAUCUGGCUGGGGAGGUAGAGAAGCUGCUCAAAACAUCCAACUCCUACUUGAGGAAAAAAGCGGCGUUGUGUGCAGUUCACGUCAUCAGGAAGGUUCCAGAACUUAUGGAAAUGUUCCUUCCAGCCACAAAAAACCUGCUGAGCGAGAAAAACCACGGUGUUCUCCAUACAUCAGUUGUCCUCCUCACUGAGAUGUGUGAAAGAAGUCCUGACAUGCUGGCCCACUUCAGAAAGAAUGAGAAGCUGGUUCCACAGUUGGUGAGAAUCCUGAAGAACCUAAUCAUGUCUGGAUACUCGCCUGAGCAUGAUGUGUCGGGCAUAAGCGACCCUUUCCUGCAGGUGCGGAUAUUGAGACUACUGCGAAUUUUAGGCAAGAGUGACGAUGACUCCAGUGAAGCAAUGAAUGACAUUCUUGCACAGGUUGCAACGAACACAGAGACGAGUAAAAAUGUAGGCAAUGCGAUUCUCUACGAGACUGUACUGACUAUAAUGGACAUCAAGUCUGAAAGUGGACUGAGGGUCUUGGCCAUUAACAUACUGGGUCGCUUCCUCCUUAACAAUGACAAAAAUAUAAGAUACGUGGCAUUGACAUCUCUACUAAAGACGGUACAGACAGACCACAAUGCAGUGCAGAGGCAUCGGAGCACCAUUGUGGAUUGUUUAAAAGACCUGGAUGUGUCCAUCAAGAGACGUGCGAUGGAACUGAGCUUCGCCCUGGUGAACGGCAACAACAUUAGAGGCAUGAUGAAAGAGCUGCUCUACUUCCUGGACUCCUGUGACCCGGAAUUCAAAGCAGACUGUGCAUCAGGAGUCUUUCUAGCUGCAGAGAAGUACGCCCCUUCGAAAAGAUGGCACAUAGACACCAUCAUGAGAGUCCUGACAACGGCAGGGAGCUAUGUGCGAGACGACUCUGUUCCCAACCUCAUCCAGCUCAUCACCAACAGUGUGGAGAUGCAUGCCUACACAGUACAGAGACUUUACAAAGCACUGCUGGAUGACAUCUCACAGCAACCUCUAGUGCAGGUGGCGUCCUGGUGCAUAGGAGAGUACGGGGACCUGCUAGUAUCUGGACAGUGCGAGGAGGAGGAACCCAUCCAGGUGACCGAGGAUGAAGUUCUGGACGUGCUGGAAGGCCUCCUGGUGUCCAACAUGUCCACGCCUGUGACCCGGGGUUACUCCCUUACUGCCAUCAUGAAGCUGUCUACUCGCUUCAGCAGUGUUAACCGAAUCAAGAAGGUGGUUUCGAUAUAUGGCAGCAGCAUCGAUGUCGAGCUUCAGCAGAGAGCUGUGGAGUACAAUGCGCUGUUCAAAAAAUACGACCACAUGAGGCCAGCUCUCCUGGAGCGAAUGCCCAUUAUGGAGAAAACCGCUACUAAUGGCCCCACAGAGAUUGUACAGACAAACGGGGAGACGGAGCCCUCUGUUGUGGAAUCAAAACAUCUACCACCUCUCACCCAGCCAACCAACCAGGCUAAUGAUUUGUUAGACCUGCUCGGUGGUAAUGACGUGGUGCCAGUGAUCCAGACCACGAUGCCCACCAAGCCUGCCUCAGCUGGAGGAGAGCUGCUUGAUCUGCUGGGUGACCUCUCGCUAAGUGGCGGCCCAACCCCUGCUCCUGCUCCCUCUGUGCCCACUUCCCAACCCUCUUUCCUCCUGGAUGGCCUCUCCUCACAGCCCCUGUUUAAUGACAUUGCAGCUGCAGCUAUUCCUCCUAUGACGGCAUACAACAAGAAUGGUCUGAAAAUAGACUUCACAUUUGAGAGAGCUAAUCCCAAUCCAAACGUCGCCGUCAUCACCAUCCAUGCUUCCAACUCAACAGAGGCAGAUAUGACAGAUUUUGUUUUUCAGGCUGCAGUACCAAAGACAUUCCAGCUGCAGCUCCUCUCCCCUAGCAGUAAUGUUGUCCCAGCACUCAACCAGGGAACUGUCACACAGGUCAUCAGAGUCCUCAACCCACAGAAGCAACAGCUACGAAUGAGGAUCAAGCUGACGUACACCCUUAAAGGCUCGCCUGUGCAAGAUCUGUCUGAGGUUAAUAACUUCCCCCCUCAGUCCUGGCAGUGAUGAGCUGCUGCUGUCGCUCUCAAAAGCCCCCCAUCAAGGGAACUAUGAAAACGAUUUUCCUUUCACCCCCCCCCUCCUUUCUUCCAACGGACCCCCCCCGUGACGUCACUGCAGUCCGCUGCCCUCGAGUUGCAUGGGAAGCAGCAGAGCAUCUAACACAGGAGAAAAAUACAGAUGUUACGAAGACCCUAUUGACUAUUGACAUCACCAGAAUAAUUGGGAAAACAUAUCAAUCAAUGAACUUUCUCUUUUCUUUCUUAAUUGGUUUCCAUGAUGUCUUUUGUGUAGUAGUACUAUUUUCCACAUACACCCUCCACCCAGCACCAUUACCACCCACUAAAGCACAUAUGCACACCAUUUACUGUGGCGCACUUAACCUCUCAAGUCACUGUAGAGAUAAAGUGUCGCCCAUUAUGAGCACUGCAUAGUUUUAUUUUAAUUUAUAACUGAGCUUAAAUGCAGUUGAAACACUUUGCUCCAUUAAUAUUUAUGAUUGGCUUUGCAUUCAGAUUAUUUUAUAUGAACCGUCAGUCCUAUGAUGGCAGCAGAAAAAGCUCUGAAAGGUCUAUUUAGUGCAGUCGUUAACUUCUUUGAAAACCCCUUUUCGUUUUUUGACUCUCCACACAUCCUGAGUGAUAUAACUUGUCCGAGUUGUAUUCAUUUUGAAUUACAUUAAUUUGCUUAAAGCAUGUUUGAGCAUUGAUAGGAUCACAUCGCGCCCCGACUCAAGCUCGGAGGGGAAUUUCUGGUUCUGCUAGUAGGCCUCUCUAUCCUAUGUUUCUAUAGGAAGUAGUCUACAUAUGUUUUGUCACAAUAAGAGCAUAAACACAUCCAAGAUGCCCAGUUUGAUCAUCUGUGGCUAGUUUUCACAGAAUGUGCUCAGAUAUUCCCACACAGCUCUCCUAAAAUCAUCUCAUCUGUAGCUUUUAGUUUUUCGAUCUGUAUAAUAAAUUCAACGUUUAAUUGCUUUGCAUAGUGUGAGGAGGUUCAUUCAUUAGGCUGGAUUAGAAUCCAGGCCUGAAAUUUAUCUGAAGAUUAGCUGAUUGCAUUUGUGUUGGAGAUCUGCGUUUAAACUUUUCCUGCAUCUGUGUCCUCACAGUCUAGCUUGCAAUUUAGAUACAUUUCAGAUUUGUUUAACCUGGUUGAACUUAAGUCACCAUGCACAUACAUGUAAAUGAAGCUUGUUAUGAAUGUAGUUACAUGCACUGAAUGCUUUUUUUUCCCCCUCAAGUCUUCUUUCUCAUCUUCUUCGAUGGGGACGUUCAUCUUAUCGGCACUAUUUUUGUGAAAGUAUGUUUUAUUUCUGCAGUAAUUUGACUUAAUUAUUUAUGCCUGAUAUCAAAGUGAUGUGCCUUUCUGACUUGGCUAGAUAAAAGCCCCUGAACUAUUGAGUUCUGUAUGAGCUUCGUUUGUAAGUCUGCUUGUGUGCUGAUCGUGUUUUCAAUCUGAGGGAAAUGGUCUUGAUGGAUUUGAAUUGGUAUAUCACUUCAUUUAAUACGUUUAUAAUAAGUUUUUCACUUCUAUAUCAUAAUAAGUUAAUAAUCAGUCACCCACUAAUACUGGCCUACCUGGUUGUCCACAGCAAUGUCAAAAACAUAAAUUAUAGCUACACAAUAAAUCCUAAAAAAAAAAGCAAAUCGCAAAGAUUAUGGCAGCUAAUAGAUGUAAACGUAUCAUAGGCUGGCUACAAGGUUUCAAUGUUAUACCCCCCCCCCCCCGUUAACAAACGUUGAAGUGUGAGUUUGAAUCACUUGGUGAGGUACUGGGACGGGUCGUUCUGUGGUGACUGUUCGUAUGAUUUCUUGGCUAUCGUCUUCUCCAAAUCAGAAUUCUGACCGUGCUGUCGGGGUCAGUAACCUUAAUACCUCACGAUGUUCUCUCUUUCUGUUAACUUUCAGUUGCAGUAGAUUGACAGCUUUUUUUUAGUCACGAAUUGCAAUCAAGGGGAGCCUCUGCAUGAGAGAAACUAACGGUAGUUUGUACAUCUCAUUACUUAACAAGCUUGGCAGCCCUGCGAUGCUGUGUUGAGCUCCUCAGAUGUUCAAUCAGGCUGUAUACUUCUUUUCACUAUGCUUCACUGUCUUCUAACUUCUGUGACCAAAUCAGAGAGAGACUAUUAGCUUUGGAAAUAUUUUUGAGCUAUGAUAUGUGUAUAUGGAGAAAAUUAUUUCAGUUUAACUUUUUUCUGUUGUUGACAAAUGCUAUAUUGGCUUUUUUUCUGUACAUAUUGAGGGCUUUUACAAUUUUGUCUCUUGUACUAUCUUUCAUCAUUUUUUUAGAUACCAUUUUCUAAAAAUUCCAAUUAUUCACAAUGUAUAUUGUCUAAAUGGAUCUAGUCAACAUCAGUCUAUAAAGACUUCCCUGUAUCAUCACUCAUUCAUUGUAAAAGAUAUAUGAUCUGCUGCCUGUACAUUGUAUAUAGUUGUAAAACAAACAAAAGCUGAUCAAAUUAAAUAAAACCCACAUGAAGACUUAAAAGAUUAGCUAGGAAGUAUAAUUGUAUGCAUAUAUGUACAAAAAAGAACCUUAAAAGGAUGCAAUUGAGCUGCAUUUGAUUUACCAUUCUUCCUAUUUCAUUCAUGAUCGGAUGUGUCAUCUUUACUUUUACAAAGAUGGUAGGCUGCUUGUCGGGGUUCCUUUUAGAUGUUGAAAUAAGGGUUGGAUCUAUCUCAACAGAUGUUGUCUGAAUGAUGUUCUGUACUACUGAGAAACCUAAGCACAGUGCUGCACAGCAGCUUCGUCUGCUUCCCCUCAAACGCCUCAUGUAUCCACGCCCUCCUUCGAAAAGGAGCCGGUUUCUUGCCACUUUCUUCUGGCCUUGUGUGGUUUAGCGUUUCUGCAUUCUUGAUCUAUUCAACCUACAAAUUCAUUGGUGAAGUGAUGCCCUGUGGUUUUGGCGUGUCGGCUCUCCUGGUUGCCUAGUUACCUUUUUGUCUGCCAUGUAGCACCUUCCUAAAAGCAUCAUGUCACAACCAACUAGUGCCACACUAGGAGAUUUUUAACCUCUAAACCUUUAACUCAUUUUUCCCAGUGUGGUCAAUAGGUUUAAAUUGGAAUAGAGCUGAUAGAAGUUUUAUUAUGUGGUUCCAGCUAUGUAUGUUGGAGCAACAGUGUCCUUCCCUGGGUCUGAACAGUACAGGGAUUUCUUUUGGCUUUCUUUCGUCGCUUAUCGCUGACGUUAUCCGCCUCUGCAUGGCACACCUUUCAGUUUCUCUUUGUAGUCACCGAUACAAAAGGCGGGGCUGUAACACGUCAAAUUGCUCUGAGCCCUCUCUGUUUCAAAUUCAACAUUACAUGGCAGUUACUCAUGGCAGGAUAUGAGGCAGGAAGGCAAUGGAUUGUUUUUUUGAUCUGUUGGGACCUUUUUUGAUUUUGUGUUUAUGGAGUGCUUUGCUGCUCAUACCAGCCCCAACAGCAAGCCUGUGCUACAAGCUAAUAACCACAAGGGGGAGCUGUGCAAAAUGGAAGGCUGACUAGAUGGGAAAGAGUUUCAUACAUCUAUUCCUGAAUGUUUUUGUUGGUGUUGUUUGUAUUGUCUUAUUCAACCAGUAUGUACCCUUGUUAAUCACAUCUGAUCAGUUCUUUCAGUGAUAGCGUAAAUUCAUGCAGUUUUAAAUGUACAAAUGAACCCAACAUAAGUGCUUUGGACACUGUAACUUAAGAGGAAGAAAAGAAACGGAAACAAAUACCUAUCAGCGGUGUGAUCAGCGUUUGAGGUGAUAUUAGUGUGUGCGUGUGUGUGUGCGUGCGUGUGAGAGAGUGUGAGACAGAGAGAAUAUAAGUGCGACAUGUCUUUUAUCUAGAUAGGACAUGAUUUUUGGCUGCAAUUUCAACUUUCAGCUUCUGAGCUGCAUGUGAAAACCAGUGUAAAUAAUGUCAUUUCUACUCUUGACCUGCAACUCUUUUUGAAAUGCAAGAAAAGUUCAAAUUAUGAAAUCUGUCACACCACCUUCAUGGGUCAGUACUAAUAUGUACAAUAGGAAGUUGUUCAGAUAGUGCUCACAAUACUGUUAAUGUUUUUAAGAGUGAUGAAAGUGCACAGCCGUCAUUUGGAUUAAUUGGAUAAUUGAUUUCUGUUUUUUUGUUCUUUUUAAUUUGUUAGGGUGAAUUCAGUGUGUAAAGGGCUUGGUCGAGCAUCUGAAUUGCCACCCAUGUUCACUUUCCCUGUUGAAUCAAAAACUAAUGCAUCCAUUGUAUUUUGAAGACAAAAUCUGUUUGUUAACCCCCCCGGCCUGUCCUGACUGUAAAACAAUAUGGUGUCUGAUUUGUUGGGGGAGGGUGGAGGCAUGAGCUUCACUAUUUCCAGUCAAGUUUUGACAUGUUGAACUGAAUCCCAGUUCCAUGGCUUCAAGGUGAGUGUGAAUGUCAGACUGAAAGGAUGAAAUGAUGAUUAAAGAUGAGAAGUUGUAAACUAUUAAAUGGGAUAUUUUCAAUUUAUGCUGUGUAUUCUUGUCUUUGGGUUGGAGAAAAUGAUCAAGCGAAUAAAAAGUCAAAUAAAAA